CAGCGAAAUGGUCAGAAUAAAUUAGAUUAGAUCAAGCAGUACAUGUUAAACUAUGUUUUUCCUAUGAUACUAAUUUUAAAUGCGACGAUAUUUGUCAUAUUCUUUCUCGCUCUUUCUUAUGGUAUUUCUAAAUUUUGCGGAAUGUGCUGUUGUGCGACCAGAAUCAGCCGCUGAGCAACAGGGAAGAAGCAGGAAAAUCAAAACAAAUCCAAUGGGCAGAAAUGCCGAAAACGGGGCAGAAGACCGCUGACAAAUCUUUAUCUACCACUAAAAUAGAAGCACGAAUCUUUCAUCAAACGCACCGAGAGAAAUUAAUCACAAUGCACGUGCUAUUAGAAUAAUUUGUGUUUUAGAGUGAAUUCUGAUUUAUGUAGGCAUUGGUUAGAGUUCAUUUAUUUAUUCAACCUUCUCUUAUUAACAAAUGCAUUUAUCUGUACAUUUUAUUUAUACGAACAUGUUUAUUUAUGUUUUAUAGUAUUGUGUUUAUUUUUUAAUAUCAAAGUGUUUUGCAAAAUAUUACCAGGCGUUCAGAUAUCAGAUGAAAGGACAGUUUUCCUACAGCUAAAUAUUUAAAGAUUGUAUUUAUUAUUUGUGUAAUAUUUCAAAAAUGGAGACCAACUUGCAAAAGAGAAGAGAGAACAAGAAGUCAAUGAGAGUUAAAGUCAUUAGCUUGGGCAACGCAGAGGUGGGAAAGAGCUGCAUCAUUAAACGCUACUGUGAGAAGAGAUUUGUUCCCAAGUAUAUGGCAACGAUUGGUAUCGAUUAUGGAGUGACUAAAGUUCAGGUACGUGACAGAGAAAUGAAAGUGAACAUCUUUGAUAUGGCUGGACAUCAGUUCUUUUAUGAGGUGCGAAAUGAAUUUUACAAAGAUUCUCAGGGAGUGAUUUUGGUGUAUGAUGUUGGACAGAAGGAGAGUUUUGAUGCCUUGGACAGUUGGUUGGCAGAGAUGAAACAGGAAAUGGGCUCCCAUGGCAAUAUGGAAAAUAUUGUUUUCACUGUUUGUGCCAAUAAGAUUGAUCUUCCAAAGCGGAGAGUGGUGGAUGAAAGUGAGGGACGACUGUGGGCAGAGAGUCGUGGUUUUCAUUAUUUUGAGACCUCUGCUCAAAGUGGAGAAGGAAUCGGUGAAAUGUUUCAGACAUUUUUCUCCUCUAUUGCUGACCUGUGUGAGAAUGGAGGUCGGCGGCCACUUUCUGGAGUCAGUGUGGGCUUUACUCGUGAGCAGGCUGACACCAUCAGAAGAAUCCGAAGUAGUAAGGACAGUUGGGAUAUGCUAGGUGUUAAACCAGGUGCAACAAGAGAGGAAGUGAAUAAGGCAUACCGAAAACUGGCUGUUCUGCUUCAUCCAGAUAAAUGUGUGGCACCGGGAAGUGAAGAUGCUUUCAAAGCCGUGGUGAAUGCUCGCACUGCGUUGCUUAAAAAUAUCAAAUAGAAAGCAGAUCUCCUUUGUCCUAGCUGAUGUAAAAACUGACUCCAUGAAAAUGGCGACAUUUCAAAAAAAAAAAAAAAAUAGACCAAAUGUCAUUCUAAGACCCAAAUUACUCUGUAACAGGAGGGUAACAUGUUGACAGAUAGUAAUAUUUAUUUGGCUAUAUAUUAUCAUACUAUAGUCUGAUUUAUAUGUUAUCUCAGGGAGGGGCUGGAUUUGGCAUUUUUCUUGUCUGUAUUUGUGACAAAAUAUCCUUUCCCUAAAAUACUGCUUCCAUGCUAUAUAUUUGGCGUAUACCAUCAUUUAGUUGAAAAAUUAUAUUUGUAUAAACAUGUUGUUGGGCAUAAUACUAAUUUAAAAAUUAAUAUCUGCUGUACACUACAUGAUAUUUGCCAAAUUCAACAGUUUUAAAGAAAACAGUAGAAUGUAUGGUAUAUGUUCAUUCAUACAUUUUAUUAAACUGGUUUAAUCACUUUCAGGAUUAUAAAGUACUAUACAGUAAGCAGAGUGAGACAGAAAUCUACCCUAUUUGUAUUCACUUCAUUCAAGAAAUCAAUAUAGUCACAAAGUACCGAUGUCCUCUGUCACACUACAUGUGACUUCAGUCAUUUGAAUCAUAUUUGUCUACUUCUGUAAGUCAUGCUAUCAUUAAUUACUUCUCACAGAGAGAUUCCAGAAUUAUAACAUUUGACAUCCUACAUUAGAUUGUGCUCUAAAUGUAGGCUGUUUUUAGUCAAAAUACCGACAGUUAGACAGUUAAAUCCAUUUGUAAAAUAAGACAAAGAUCCUUAACUCUUAAUUGGCUAACUAUGUGCAAGUGUUCACUAUUUAUCUAUUUUGAGGUACCAUGCUGCCUAUAAUAGGGAAGCACACAAUUAAUGCAUUAAUGUGGAUAGUGUCUAGCAAAAAUUAAAUUCCUGAUGCUUAAAGUUGGAUUUACUGUACAAGAUCUACUUAUUGAGCCUUUUUAUUUCAAUGAUGUUAUUUAAUCAGUCAUUCUGUAACUCCAUAUUUUCAAGAAAUUCAGUACUGUAUAUUCUCAUUUCAAUCAAAGUGGCAUACUGUAUAUGGCAUACAUAUGGUAUAUGGCAAAGUGGCAUACUUACUGUAUAUGCCUUGUUUACAAAUGGACAUUAAGUAUGUAUUUAACAUAAUAACAUACUUGAACUGCACAAUUGUUACAUAAUUUAUAAUUCUGUUUGUUUUCUUUAUGUUCUUGAUCCUCCAGACUUAUGUUGUGUUUAUGUUAAUACUGGUUUGCAUGUUUUUUUUUAAUAAAUGUAUAAAAUGAACUACCA